UUGACAGUUUGACUUCUCUCUUUCGGCGUUUCCGAGCCGCGAAGUUGCGUGACAAAGGCCAAGCUUUCCGUGUAUUCUCUCUCUCUCUCUCUCUCUCUCUCUCUCUCUCUCCACAUUAUCGUGUUCUAUAGUUCAGAAAAUGCCCAAACAUUUCCAGUCCCUCCAGAGACCUUGACGAAGACCUCCGGGUUUGGUUUCAAUCAGACAAUCACCCAUCCAACUUCGGAAAUUGAAUUCACAGAGCAAUUGCAGAAAUCGUUGCAGGGAGUACGCAUCACCCCGCAUUAAAAUUCUUCACCAGACCAUUUACGUAUCUAUGUAUGGUCCUCUCCUCUCUCUCCCCAUUUAAUGACAAUCACGACCCCCCAUCCUCAACCACAUCAACCACACACCUUUAAUACCGCAGUAAAUGUUCAGCAGACUUCCCCCCGUCGACAGCCUUGAAGGAAAUUUUCACCUCUUCUCUCAAAAUUCACAUCCAUCAUUCAUCGUACACAGCUCUCGAUCACAAACUGCGUUCGGAGCGCUCUCGAUCACAACUGCCUCUGAGCUGUUUGAUGCAUGGGAACCCGUUCAGCUCAAUCCGCGAUGAAUCUGCUUUACCCACAAACACUCGUCGCUCUUACCGUGUUAGUAAUAAUUUCCAUUUCCGGUUCAGUCAAGCCCGUUAAAUCAGCUGAAUGCAACCAGACAUGCGGAACCACGGCAAGGGGGAAUCCGAACCGGGUUUCGUACCCGUUCGGAUUCUCCCGGGGCUGCGGAAUCCCUCUCGACUGCACCGGAACCGGCCAAAUCAAAAUCGGCACGUUCCAAGUCCAGAACAUCACCUCCAACAGCAUACUGAUCGACCUCCCGGCCAAGUGCGGCCGCACGGUUCCUCAGACCAAACAGCUCUUCGGCCCAAACUACGCGCUCAAGUGGCAAAACGGACUCCUGUUGAAAAACUGCACGUCACAGCUGAACGGUUGCAUAAUUCCGACGGCCAUGGUGAAGGCCCGGUUCGGGUCGUCGAAUUGCGGGUUCGAAUCGGGUAAUGUCAGCUGUUACUCCGGGACGGAUGACGGGUCGGGGUUUAUCAGUUACCGCAACUUGACACGGAGUGGUUGUGGGGAGGUGUAUAGCUCGAUCGCGGAGGUGGACGUGGGGGGCGAUGAUGAUGAUGCGGGGAGGAAUUCGACGGUUUCGCUGCUGUUUCAGGCGGCGGAGUUGGGGUGGUGGUUGGUCGGCAGGUGCGAUUGUUCGGCGGAGGCGGAGUGUACGAACGUGACGGUGCCAGGUGGUGGUUCGGGGUACCGGUGCCACUGUAGGGAAGGGUUCGUGGGAGAUGGGUUCGCCGGCGGCGGUGGGUGCAAGAAAGUUCCUAAUUGCAGUUUUUCAAAGUAUAUGUCUGGCGAAUGCGGAGGAAGGGCCAGAGUUUUUGUUCUUAUCGCAGGGAUUAUUGCUGGAGCUCUUCUGAUGGCUGCUGUAUCUGCCACCUGCUACUUCAUCAAACGGCGGUCUAGAUUAAGAAACCUUGCAAGUACAAAGCGCCUUCUUUGUGAUGCUGCAGGCAAUUCCAGUGUUCCUUUCUAUCAAUACAAAGAAAUUGAGAGGGCCACUAAUAGUUUCUCUGAGAAACAACGGCUGGGAACUGGGGCCUACGGUACAGUUUAUGCGGGGAAACUCCACAACAACGAGUGGGUGGCAAUUAAAAAGAUCAGACACAAAGACACUGACGGUUUUGAACAAGUCAUGAAUGAGAUCAAGCUUCUGACCUCUGUGAGUCAUCGGAAUCUUGUCCGCCUGUUAGGCUGCUGCAUAGAGAAUGAUGAACAAAUCCUUGUCUACGAAUUCAUGCCAAAUGGAACGCUAUCACAGCAUUUACAAAGAGAAAGGGGUAAGGGCCUUACGUGGACAAUACGUCUUACUAUUGCCACUGAAACGGCUCAUGCAAUUGCUUAUCUCCACUCUGCCAAGAAUCCACCUAUAUACCACAGAGACAUCAAGUCUAGCAAUAUUCUCUUGGAUCACAACUUCAACUCCAAGGUAGCCGAUUUUGGUCUCUCUAGACUUGGUAUGACCGAUGAUUCCCACAUUUCAACAGCUCCACAGGGGACCCCUGGCUAUGUGGAUCCUCAAUACCAUCAAAAUUUCCACCUUUCUGAUAAAAGUGAUGUUUACAGCUUUGGGGUCGUUCUUGUGGAGAUCAUAACAGCAUUGAAAGUGGUUGAUUUCUCCAGGCCCCACAGCGAGGUGAACUUGGCUGCACUUGCAAUUGAAAGGAUCGGAAAGGGUCGUCUGGAUGAGAUUAUAGAUCCGUUCCUUGAGCCAAAUAGAGACGCUUGGACACUUUCGUCUCUCCACAAAGUAGCGGAAUUGGCAUUUAGAUGUCUUGCUUUCCACAGAGACAUGAGACCGUCCAUGAUGGAAGUCGCGGAUGAGCUAGAACAGAUAAGGCUGAGAGGAUGGGCUCCACUUGACGAGAACAAAAGCAUGGCAUCGUUGUCAGUGGCAUCGUCUUGCUCAUCCCCAUACAAUGGAAGUGAGAAGUUGUUUGGUGGAACGUCGUUUAAGAAGUCAGAGGUUGCGAGCAAGAGAUUGUUUGUCCCACAAAGGGCAGUAGCUGAUUGUCUGACUUCAUUGGAGGAGGUGAAGGAUAGCUCCCCUGUUUCUGUACAGGACCCGUGGCUAAGUGGACAUAGCUCGCCUUCAUCAAGCAGCUUGUUGGGUCAUGUAGUUCAGUCAGCAAACAUUACCUAAGGCUACAUCUCUCUUUGUGAAUGUAAAGGAGGUGCUUCUGCAGUUUUGUGUGUACCUUAAUAUUCGCGUAUAGCCUUGAUACAUAUCCUUUUGUAACCUUCAAACCCUUCUUUGUAAUUUUUUUCUAAAACAUAGCAAGCAUGUAGAAACUAUUCACUACGUGCAUGGUGCGUAGUUAUAGAAGUGAUAUACAAUUACGAUAUUGCCGA